CACGACGAAGCGAGAGAAGCCAUCGGGGUGGAGGGCAAGCAUAGAAAAAAAGAUAAGCUUGUUAAAUUUCCACAAAUCCCUCAUAGAAGGACUUUGGCCGGUGAAAAACUUGGAGGUAAAGACUUAAAGGAGGCCAAGUGCGAAAGAUCAGGCAUUGUUCGACCUGGAGACAUGCAGAUGGGAACCGGAUAUAUACAACGUGGCUUAAUAUGCGAUCGUGGAUCAGCAGAUUUCUGGAACCCAUCACAUCAAGAUGGGCACGAAAAAUAA